AUGCCUCUUGAGUUGGAGUAUAGAGCCAGGUUGGCUAUCAAGUACUUGAACAUGGAACUUAGCACAACUCAGGAGAAAAGAGAAAUGGACAUUCACGAGCCAGAGGAGAUUCGCCUUGGUACCUAUGAAAGUUCCAGGAUCUACAAGGAAAGAACCAAGGCCUUCUAUGAAAAGAGAAUCAUCCCCAAGGUGUUCAAAGAAGGAGAUGAUGUGCUCCUUUUCAACUCAAGGCUCAAGCUAUUCCCUGGAAAGCUUAAGUCUCGCUGGUCAGGACCUUUUAAGGUUAAGGAAGUCCUGCCUUAUGGAGCUAUCACUCUGGUGAAUCAAAAUGGGAUUGAGUUCACGGUUAAUGGUCAGCAAGUUAAGAAGUACAUGGCCAGUCAAUGCAGUGGAGAAGGAAGCUCGAUCCAGGCUCAUUACGUUCUGAGAUUGUUUAUUCUCACCACCAGAUCAGGAAAGCAAGCUCCUCGUGAAGACGAGAUCACGAAGAGGAGAAGGGAGAAGAAGGAAGGAAAGAAGAAGGUGUCCGAGACAAGUGGAAAAAGGAAGAGGAGUAAAAACAGAGCGGAAUCGGAGCGAGUGCCAUGCUUGGUCGAACAGGACUUGAAUGACACACCAAUCCCGAGACCAUAUGGUGUACAAGGCCGCAUCAAAAUCCUCAGGAGGAUGCGCUUCUUGCCAAUGAGAUAUCCUCAUAAGCAACCAAUGAAGGAGCUCGGGAUUGAUGAGGAUGUAGAGUCAAUUUUCGAGGGAAUGGAACUAGCCAAGUUCAUGAAGCUCCGUCUCCCUGCCUAUCAAAACCUAACUCUCCAUUUCCUUGCCUCGUUGAAGAUAGUGAGGCAUCCUGAGCUAGCUGAAGAGGAGAUUAGGAGAGAUGGAGCCGGUUUAAUCACAUAUGAGCUCUUGGCCGAGUUGAUUGGGUUAUGGCAAACGAUAAGCUCCACCAACUACAUCAUCUUCCAACUCAAAGGAGGGAACAUCCGAAACCCGACUAUCCGCUAUGCUCACAAAGCCGUCGCUCACACUCUCUUUGCUAGAUAUGAGUGUGCCAAUGUGACCAAAGUGGAGCUUGAGAUGCUUGACAUCUCCAUUCUUGAUCAUCUUGAGACUUUAGAGAAUGGAGAGAAGAUGGAGGGAGAUAGAUCAACCGCAAGCACGGCCAUUGUGAUGCUCAACUCCUUCAAGUAA